AUGACAGACCACUCCCCGCUCUCGUUGCGACCGGAAGAAGACGUGGAGGAGGAUGACAUCAAGGCUGAAGAGGAUGAGUUAGAAGAGUCAGAAGAGUCAGAAGACCAGCGUGAAGAUCAGUCAGAUGACCGAUCAGAGACGUCUUCGAGCAGCUCAGAUGGCGAUGAAGACGAAGACGACAGCGAGGACGAAGAGGAGCCGAAGGCGGAAGCUGUCCCGGAUGAGAAUGGCGGCCUGACCAAGUUGUCGACGCCCGAUGUAGACCAGGAAGCCGAGCCGAUCAGCCCUGUGGCGAUGCAGGAAGGCCUCCAUCCGGGGCGAAAGCGUCGACGGAGCGCAUCGCCAGCGGACACGCGUCGCGACGUGUGCAGACCACCACUGAAGCGGGCGCAGCGGCAGGCGAACGUGCGGUAUUCCGGGCUGCUGGCGGAGUACCGACAGGACGUGGAAGAGGGCAGGUCGACGGACGGAGGGCCGGAGAUGCCGCGGUCGCAGAUCGGGCUGACGGUCUGGGAAAAGGCCGAGAAGGAGCGAUUCUUUGACGCGCUGGCAAGGCUGGGACGCGACGACCUGGUGGGGAUCGCGCAGCGCGUCGGCACCAAGGGCGAGCUGGAGGUGCGACAGUACCUCUGGCUGCUGGGCGAGGAGCACGCGACAGCAGCAAAGGCCGGCUUUGGACAAGGCCGGUCGCCACGGCUGGUGCGGAAGCUGCAGCCGACCGAAAUGCCGGCAGCGCUGGAGGUCGGCGAGGCGUGCUGCCGGGCGCUGGAGGAGGCAGCCGACGGGCUGGCACUGCAGGAGGAGACGAGGGAGGAGGACGAGGCGGUGCAGCAGCACGGCGACCAGUGGUUGGUGACCCCAGAGAACUGCCAGGCGCUGACGAUGGCAGCCGAAGCAGAAUCCGAGGUCCCUGGCCUGCCGUCGCCUCUCGUCCUCUUCAACACGGCCUCGAUGCUGAAGCUGUCGGCGCGACUGUUCAUGAACGGAGUGACCAGGUCAGGCAACUGGCGGACCGUCGGCAAGAUGCCGGCUCUGCGCCUGGAGGCGCUCCAGGACCUGCAGGCGCUCGUGAGUGCGGCCGCCCAGCGGCUGACGGCGGCGGCGCUGUACUUUUGCGCGGCACGCCUGCGGGCACGCAUCGGCGGCGGCAACGAGGGCGGCAGCCUACCGCGCCUGCAGCAGCUGGUGCAGCGACGCGACGUGGCAGCGGCUGUGGCCUCGCUCGGGCUACAGCACGACUCGAAUGUCUUUUGGGCGCGCUGUGCGCGGCGGUUAGACUUGCGAGUGUAUCGGAGUAAGAAGACGAUGCCGCGGGCGAAGCCGAGGAAGAGGAAGAGCAAGAAGCGGAGACGCAAAGUGGUGGUGACCAGGGACGACGAGGAGGACUACAAGGAGGUGACCGAGGGGCCGGUGAGGCCGAUGACCUUUGACGAGGUCGAGAAGGAGCUUCUGCCCGUCGGGAUGGAAACCGAGUGGCAGCCAUGGCCGGUUUGGGGAGAGGAGGACGAGGAGGAGGACGAAGAGGAAGAAGCAGACGAGGACGAGGACGAGGACGAGGACGAGAACCGGAUCGAGGACGAAGAAGCGUCCGAGGACGAGACCGUCUCCGCACACCUGGACGCCCGCGUCGAUGUCGAGCUGGACGAGGCCAUCCGCUUCUCCGUCCUCGGCUGCACGCGUUCGCGCUGGUCCACGAGCUUGCGUCGUGGCCUGCGUGCCCGCAUCGCCGCCGAUCUGCGUGCCGAGGACUAUGCCGACGCUGUCGACGCGCACGAGGGCGGCCUCGAGGAGCAGCGGUUGUGGGCCUUUCUGGAACGGGAGCCGCCUUCUUUGUCGGACGGCGAAGAGGCUGGCCCGCCGCCGCCGACGACGGCCGAUCUCGAGGCCAUGGCUGCGACCCUGCCCGAGGGACGACGGUAUCCACUCGAGGAGGUCUUUGCAGACCGCAGCGGCUGCGCUGGUGGCUGGCGAGAGAAGCUGGCCUAUCAGAGCGAAUGGGAAGCCACAGCAGAAAGCGCCGAGGCGGUGCUGCAAGUCACGGGACGACGCUGCACCGACUGA